UCUAGUUGCAACCUAUCUACUACACAAUGGUUUCCUUGAAUCUGCUCAAGCCUUAGGUGAGUGGGUUAAAAAGGCUUCAUCUACCGUGAUCGAUCAUAGCAACCUUAAUGAUAAUAAAAAGGAUAAUGUUUGUGAUGUUAAUGGUAAAUUAUCUUCGAAGUCACUAACCCCUGAAACACCAAAUGGUUGCAUUUCAUCGAGGAAUAGAUUUAUUCAUGAAAUGAAUUCCAUGACAAAUUCCAUGAAUGGUAAUUGUUGUCUUGAUCGUAACAGUAACAAUAUUACUGCUGUCAAUGGUAUUAGUAAUCACCAUCACAAUAGUAAUGAUUGUAGUAAUGGUAGUCUUAUUAUUGAAGAGACAAACGAUGAAGAUCAUCAGUCACCGAUACAACUAAAAGGAGAAGAGGAACAACAACAAUUCAAGUCAGCAGUCAGCCAGUAUAAUUUGUCGACAAACAAUAGUGUCAAGCCAAGUGAUACUGUCCUGAAUGAUUUAUUUCGUUGGCCUGAAGCUGUGGAUAUACUAUUAAGAAGAAGACACUUACGAGAGACAAUUCGAAGUGGAGAUUAUUUAUCCGCGUUGGAUCAACUACAAGCGCAUUUUAAAACACUAUGGGAAAAUGAUCCAUCUAUUACAUUUGUAUUAAAAUGUCAUCAUUUUAUAGAUUUGAUACGUCGGCAUUACACAACAAAUUCUUCAAAAGAAUCUAUUUGUCCCAAUAAAUUGUCAACAAUCUAUUGGAAAACAUUACAAUCCAACGGUAUAGAUGUUACUCAUCGAAAUAAGCAAAAACGACUGAGACCGUCAAAUUCAUUGGAAUCCUCACCUGAAACAACCCGAAAUGAGAGUGAAUGUAAACCUGUUCAUCUAAUGAAUUCUAAUGGUAAUCAUGUAGGCAAUUCAGAUUUAGGAACAAAUUUCCUUGCAGAAACUAACACUUCUACUAUAGCUAACAAUAAUAGUCAACUUUGUCGAUCAGUUGCCAAUAAUUGUGAUCAUUCACAUAGUCUAUCAAAUUAUCAAGCACCUAUUCGUCUACCUUUAGAAUCAGUCCCUCAUCCUCAAUGGAAUGAUGGUCUGCUUUCUUCAUCAGCUGAUAAGUAUGCUUCUGAGAUUUUACCGUCAGUCUUUCCAAAACAUAAUUCUUCCUUCACUGAUGUUAAUGUAAUAGCAACGAAUGGUAGUGUUUUUGUCACUUCUGGUACUGUUGCAACAAAUAAUUCUUCUGAAAUCAUUUGUCCUGUUGUAUUCCCUUCAUAUACCGAAAAUAAUUUUAUUAAAACUGACAAUACAACACUAUCAUCUAUUAGGCCAUACGAACUGGAGCAUCACCACCAGCAUCAUCGUCAACAUUAUCAUCAUCCUUUUUAUUCUUAUAUUCAACGUACGUCCCUGACUGGAAUGAAUGUAGUAUCAGGUAACGAAGGUUUGCAGAUGGAAUCGGGUUUAAUUGAUCCAGUCAAUGGUCUAGGUUUAGGAUAUGGGUCUAAAAGAUUGAAAUGUUUUACUGUAAUUCAUCGUGAUCAUGGUUGUCGAUAUCGUUGCCGUCAUGGUGGACGAAGUCAAUUCUCGCCUAAGUUACACAGUUUAUCGUCUUAUAAUCAUUCACAUUCGAAUUCCUAUUCUAUUGUAUCAUUUAAACCAAAAUUCAAACCACAAUACAAUUAUGGUCACUAUCAUCCUUCCAUUGGUCUUGAACAACAGGCUAGUGAAUUUAUUACAAAUGGCAAUUCAGUUUUUCCGCCACUUCAUGAUUCUCCUUCUCCGCCUAUAUCAACUAAAGUCAGUUCUUCAAUUCCCAAUAAAUCUACUGAUGACAAUAAUAGUAUUAACAACGAUAAACAAAAUGGAAUAUAUCAUCCAAUUAGUAAUGGAAUUUGCAAUGAAGCGACCAAUUGUAAUGGCUUCGACGACGAUUAUGCAUCUACUGCUGCUGCUGAGGAUGAUGAACUUCAUGAUCUCAUCGAGUAUGGACGAAAUUUACGAUCGAAUGCACUGGAAUUGCAGCAUCAAGGAGCUAUUAGCUUGGAACAACUUUUGCUGUUGAGUAAUGCAUUCAGUUUGGUCGCAUAUCAAAAUCCAUAUAAAAGUCCCCUGAAUAGUUUGCUGCAUCCAAAGCAUCGAGAAUUAUUAGCUGAUGCUAUAAAUGAUGCUAUUCUAGUACAUUUAAAACAGCCCUCCCGUCCUGUUUUGGAUAUAGCCUUAACAUAUCUGGAACAUGUUUUAUCAGAUGAAGGAUCAUCGUGUAAAACUACCGGUUCAUUUCCAUGUUAUCGUUUUAAACAUGAUCAAUUGAAUUCAGGUCCAGUUGUUCAUCCUCUUCAAUCUCUUACUAGUCCACAGUUACAAUCUAAUGAUGUUUGUACGGUAAGUAGAGUUAGUCAAACAAGUGCAUCUACAACACCUGUUACUCAUGGAACACCAACAACACCUAUUAGGAGUACAACAAUUAGCGGAGGUCAUCGAGAAAUGGAAUCACGUUAUGCAACAGCUGAUAUUCAAACAUAUGGUUUAACGUCAGGAGAAUUCGUUGAAACUUCAUCUAACGGUUCUACAAACUUACUUCGUCCAGCUAGCACCUCAGUUAUAUCUAGUUCACUGUAUGUUCCGCCUUCUGCUUUAAUUUCUCUAACUGGUCGAAGUAAUCCAGUCACUAGAAGCUCUGAUUCGCAUAGAUCAUCAUCUCGUGUGCGUCCAACAAGUCUGCAAAACUUAAUUCAACAACGACGUCAAUCGCAAUCAACAGAUCAGCCUACAUCUUCACCGCCUUCAUCCCAUUUGAAUCGAUUUCUAGUCACAUCGUCCAACUGGCCAGUUUCGACGCCUGUUUCCUCAUCAACAACAACAAAUACAACAGCAGGGAACACAUCACAGAAUCCUAAUCGUUUCUCUCCCUCACGUAUUACUGUAACCUCUUCCCUAACUAAUACACACGCACCAACUGGACCUGAAUUAGCUGGAUUUUUCCAUCCAAUUUUAUUCAUAGGAUGAUGAUUCAACAAAACUUCUUUCACUUGUUUUAUCAUAUUAUUUUAUAAGAUUAGACUAUAUCCUUUUCUUUUGUUUCUCUGGUAUAUUUUCUUUUUCUCUAUUUACACCUAUCAUAUCCCUUUACACAAGACUACCGAUCUAACUAUUCUAUCUAUCUGUCUGCCUGAUCAUACAAUUACCAAUGUAAUUAUAUUCCCUUUUUGACAUAUUUGUUAUUUUGUUGCUUUGAUAUACGAAUUACACUGACGUAUAGUUGUUUAAUUAUUACUAUUAUUAUUGAUACUAUUGGUAAUUUCUUUUCAUUUUAGAAACUGUUUACAGUUUAUUUGUCCAGUUUUUUGUGAUUUAAGGAUUAAACAAGAGUUGUUCACGCAAUACACUUCGUAUUAACACACACGCAUACAUGCAUACAUGUGCUCACUUUUGCAAUCAGAGAAAGGAGAGAAGACGGUGAGCAGAAGACAGGAUAGUGCAAGGGUAUUGGGACAGGCAAAACUAAAUGUUAUUAUCAGCUGUAUGGUGUGUAUUUUUGUGCACCCUUGUUAUGACAGUGUUGUUUUUCGACAUUACUUUUUGUCUAGGGCCUUGAUCUUACAAAACUAUUUAUAUGCUCUCCGUAGUUCACUAUAUGUGUAUCGCAGGUGUUGGAACAAAGAAGAAAAUUUGUUGUAUUUAGUACUACUUUCUCUCUUCUUUUCUAUUGGACAAUCCUGUCGUACGUUUCUGUGCUGCUUUUUAUUCCAUUUCUUUGAUUUUUUUUCACCUCUAAGCCUAGUUCUGUUUCGAAAUGGAUAUGGAUUCAGUGUGUUGAUUCAGUCAAUUUUCCUUCUGCCAACUUCUCUUCGUCAUCGUU